AUGAACAAUCAAGACCAACAAAUACGACAGGAGGAUGAGGUUAAUGAAGAAACCCCAUUGGUGCAUGUUAGUCCUCGUACUGAGCCAUACUCCGUGUUCACAUCAACACAGAAACGCCUCAUUAUUCUCACAGCUGCACUGGCUUCGAGCUUCUCGCCUCUAUCUGCCAAUAUCUACUACCCAGCAUUGAAUUCAAUUGCAAAGGAUUUGCAUGUCAGUCCAUCCCAAAUUAAUCUGACAAUUACGACAUACAUGGGCUUCGCCCCAAUGUUGACAGGAUCAUUGGCAGACCAAGCAGGUCGUAGACCAGCAUACAUCCUCUGCUUCACGGUAUACAUACUGGGAAACAUUGCUCUAGCUCUACAACACAGUUUCCCCACGCUCUUAGCUCUUCGCGCAGUUCAAAGCUGUGGCAGUAGUGGCACUGUAGCCCUUGCAUCCGCAGUGGCGGCCGACAUUAUCACAUCUGCUGAACGAGGCAUGUACAUGGGGUUUGCCUCACUGGGAAACAUACUUGCCCCAUCCAUUGGGCCUAUCCUUGGAGGUGUGUUAAGUAAGUAUCUAGGGUGGCAAGCGAUAUUCUGGUUCCUCGCUAUAGCAGCUGGUACCUUUUUCGUACCGCUUUUACUCUUUUUCCCUGAAACAUGUCGUGGGAUUGUCGGAAAUGGGUCGAGUCCUACAAUUGGGUGGAACCGAACCAUUUGGAGUUACUUACAGACCACUCAAGAGAUCCCGGCUGCAUCUGGUGUGUCAAGGAAUCGCAAGAAUUUCCCCAACCCAUGCUCAACCCUCCGUCUGCUUUCCCACCGACCUGUGGGACUUGUGCUUUUGGCAAAUGGAGUUAUAUUCAGCAGUUACUACGCCAUCACAGCUGGGAUCCCCGCAUUGUUCCAGAAAAUAUAUGAUCUAGAUGACCUUGGUAUUGGACUGUGCUUCAUUCCCGCAGGUUUGGGGUCAUUACUCAGUGCAACUGCCAAUGGAGUAUUAGUUGACUGGAAUUAUCGACGUGCUCGACAAAAUGCCGGUCAGACGGUACACAAGAACCAGAAGCAAGACAUUAUUGGAUUUCCGAUUGAACAAGCGAGGUUACAGAUUGGUGUGCCAAUGAUUAUACUUGCAGCUGUCUCGAUGAUCGUCUACGGAGUAUUGAUACCCUUACGGGCACCGCUCCUAGUUGCGCUUACUGUGGUUUUUAUAAUUUGUUUUUGUAUUACGGCGGCGUACAAUGUGAUGAACAUUCUGAUCGUCGACUUGUAUUACGAGACACCUGCUACCGCAAUGGCUGCUAAUAACCUUGUGCGCUGUUUCCUUGGUGCUGGUGCUGCAGCUGUGGUCAACCCCUUGAUCAAGCAGGUUGUUACCCUCGUCUUCGGCGUUCUAACCGAAAUAUUCCAGAGUGUCCCUUUAACACCUAGCCAGCAAUUGCAAAUACGAUAUCCUGGAGGCCAAUGGAUCAAUCCGGGCAUGGAACUAGAUAUUCGAGAAACCACCAUGAUCCCAGAGAUCAGCAGCACCAACCUCCAAUGCAACCAAAAAUACAUAAUCCUCUUCAUCGACCUCGACGUCAUCAUACCAGGAACCGCCAUCCAAUCUGUGAUUCUACACUGGUACCAACCGAAUCUCAGCAUGGAUUGCACAAAACCAACACCACCAUCCACAAUCGUCCCAGGCAAAGGCCACGAGCGCGCAGCAUCGUACAUAGCACCCCGUGCACCACCAAAUACCCACCAUCGUUACGUGUAUCUCCUCUUCACGCAGCCUGCAGCCUAUCAAUUUCCUGAAUGCUUCUCACAUGUGCUCCCUGAGACUGUUAACGCCCGCGCAGGGUUCGAUAUUAAGGAAUUUGUACAGGCAGCAGGGCUGGACGCGCCUAUUGCUAUGAACUAUUUUAUUGGUAAACAUGUACCUUCCGAUGGGGAGAAUACGAUGCCUUAUAGUGCGACGAUGACCUCGUUCCGUUCCGUGGAUUGUCCUACGAGGACGGUGGGGUUGGUGUGA